AUGGUGAACACCAGCCCCACAACCAAUAGAACCCGAAACCCGUCUGGAGCUUUGAUAGGUUCCAAUGAUGAUCUUUUAAUUGAAAUCCUUCUCCGGCUGCCUGUUAUCUCUGUUGUUCGAUUCAAAUCUGUAUCCAAACACUGGCGUUCCCUUUUGAGUCAACGACCUUUCACCCUAUUGUAUAAAAAUGUCUCCAUCUCACCUGGAUUUUAUAUUCACAACACUUAUAUUCCAUUUGAUGUUGACAACCAAAUUGUUCCUCUCGAAAUCUAUCCUCAUGCUUGUGGUAUUAGAAUCGUGCAAUCUUGUAAUGGAUUACUACUUUGCUGUACAAUGCAGAGGAUCCAAGAACGUAAAUAUUAUGUAUUCAAUCCCACGACCAAGCAGAUUGCGUUCAUCCCAUCUAUUCCUGGAGGUAGGAAUGUUCGUAACACUAUCACUUUUAUGGGUCUGGCAUUUCAUCAAACAGAUUGUGUUCACUACAAAGUUGUUUGCUUUCAUCAUGCUCAGCAUGAUGAGAAGCUGUUUCAGAUUCAAAUCUACUCAUCGGAUGCAAGGAAAUGGAAGAUUUCAGAUGAAUCGUUCUCUUUCUCUGCACCUUAUUAUGAAUCCAUAGGCUCGGGAGUUUAUUGGAAUCAAGCAAUUUACUGGGCUCCCUUCUCUGCUAAUCCAUUGUACUUUAAGAUCGACACAGAAGAGUUGCAAUCGCUGUCAUUUCCGAUUGAGGCGGCAGUGGAAUCUUUGGGAGGUGGUCCACAUGGAGCAAUGCGGCUUUACUUCGGGGAGUCACGAGGCCAUCUGCAUUUGGUGGUGAAGGCCGAUCGCAGUGAGACCCAUUUGCAUCUGAUCGUGUACGAGAUGUUGAACGAUCGUUCAGGGUGGUUUGUUAAGUAUCGAUUGGAUCUUGAUGAGCUUCUGAACUCUUACCCUGAGAUCAGUACACGUUUUUAUAAAUUUCAGGUGUUAGAUGUGGUGAGAGGCGAAGAAGAAGAUGAAACAUUCAUGGUGUUCAUGAUUCCAGGGAGUAAAAUCAUAAGGUACAAUGUUGCUAACAAGAGCUGUAAGCAGGUAUAUGAUCUCUGGCUGCUUCUUAAAAAAAAGCAGAAAUAUGAUCUGAGCUACGUUAUCGAUGGACCAAUUGAGCAUUCUGAAGUUCAUCGUUAUAUUGAAACCAUAGUUUCCUUCUAA